CUCACAAAAUCUCUGCUCAUGACUCGUUGACUCCCCCGUUUCUCUCUUCCUUUUCAAAAAUCAUUCCGCCUGCUCACUUCAGAGAGGCGAAGCCGACUAAAAUCCCCCAAAACGCUGGCAAGCUCUCCAUCAAAACCCUAACUCUCUAACUCCUACUCUCUCAACAAAAAAUAAAAUAAAAAAUAAAAAAAUGCCGCGCGAGAUCAUAACGAUCCAAGUGGGGCAAUGCGGGAAUCAGAUCGGCAUGGAGUUCUGGAAGCAGCUCUGCCUCGAGCACGGCAUCGGCAAAGAUGGACUUCUCGAGGAUUUCGCUACUCAGGGAGGAGAUAGGAAGGAUGUUUUCUUCUAUCAGGCAGAUGAUCAGCACUACAUACCACGAGCUCUCUUGAUGGACCUUGAACCUAGAGUUAUCAACGGAAUUCAAAACAGUGACUACAGGAACCUCUACAACCAUGAGAACAUAUUCGUCUCAGAACAUGGAGGGGGUGCAGGAAAUAAUUGGGCUAGUGGAUAUCACCAGGGAGAGCAAGUCGUGGACGAUAUCAUGGACAUGGUUGAUAGAGAGGCAGAUGGAAGUGAUAGCCUUGAGGGUUUUGUCUUAUGUCAUUCAAUUGCUGGAGGAACAGGAUCAGGAAUGGGAUCUUAUAUACUGGAGACUCUUAAUGACCGUUACAGCAAAAAGCUAGUUCAGACAUAUAGUGUUUUUCCUAAUCAAAUGGAAACUAGUGAUGUGGUUGUCCAGCCUUACAAUUCACUUUUGACUCUAAAGCGCCUGACUCUGAAUGCUGAUUGUGUUGUUGUUCUUGAUAAUACGGCUUUGAAUAGGAUUGCCGUAGAACGUCUCCAUCUUUCAAAUCCUACAUUUGCACAAACAAAUUCAUUGGUCUCCACAGUUAUGUCUGCAAGUACGACCACUCUUCGAUAUCCCGGUUAUAUGAACAAUGAUUUGGUUGGACUUCUUGCUUCGCUAAUUCCUACUCCAAGAUGCCACUUUCUGAUGACGGGAUAUACACCACUAACUGUGGAACGCCAGGCCAAUGUGAUUCGGAAGACUACUGUGUUGGAUGUAAUGAGAAGACUACUGCAGACGAAAAACAUUAUGGUCUCUUCAUAUGCUCGCACAAAAGAAGCUAGUCAAGCAAAAUACAUAUCAAUAUUGAAUAUUAUUCAAGGAGAAGUGGAUCCUACACAGGUACAUGAAAGUCUGCAGAGGAUACGUGAAAGAAAGCUUGUUAAUUUUAUUGAGUGGGGACCUGCAAGCAUUCAGGUUGCAUUGUCUAGAAAAUCUCCAUAUGUUCAAACUACACACAGAGUAAGUAUACCUCCACUUCAGUUUGUAUAAUUUUUAGACAAUUGA